AGAUCCAGCUAACUUUCCAUUCUAUAGUGUGUGAGUGUUUUAGAGAGAGAGAGAAAGGGGUUCUAAAGUGAAGAUGGGUAGGCUUCCUUGCUGCUCUAAGGAGGAAAUGAAUAAGGGAGCUUGGACUGCUCAAGAGGACAAAAUUCUCACAGAUUAUGUUGCAAUCCAUGGAGAAAGAAAAUGGAGCACUGUUGCAAAGAAAGCAGGUCUUCAGAGGUGUGGAAAGAGUUGCAGGCUUCGAUGGUUGAAUUAUCUGAGGCCUGAUAUCAAGAGGGGUAACAUUUCACCUGCUGAAGAGGACCUCAUUAUUAGGCUUCACAAGCUCUUAGGCAAUAGAUGGUCACUUAUAGCUGGGAGGUUGCCAGGCCGAACAGACAAUGAAAUCAAGAACUUUUGGAACACUGUCAUGAAAAAGAAGCUGAUCGAUGGUAAGCAAAGCAAGCAAAAAACCGUUGUUCCUUCUGAUGAUGAUAUCACAAACUCAAACACAAGUGUGUCAAAUGUGGUCAAGACCAAAGAAACUUCUGGUAGUAAUGCUCUUGAAGAACCGUUCGAGGACAGAUGCUUGGUGAGUGAUAAUGUUGCAAAUGAAUCGAAAUCCAAUGAUGAAUUCAAGUCAAUUUUUUCCGAAGACGAUUACUCACCGAACUUCUCAUCAAGCUUUAAUUACAUGGAUGAGCUUUUGAUGGCUGAUGUUUCUGGUUCAGACUUCUGGAAAUUAUGCAUGUCUUGUGAUAAUGUAGAGGGAGGGUGUACUAAUAAUGGUGCCAUCAAUGAUCUCUGCUCUUCUUUGGACGAGCCUCUUCCAUUGUUUGAUGAUGUAUAGUGAACUGAUGAAUCACAAUGAUUCACUGGGUUGCAGGCACAUUUCUAUUUUAAGGACUGUAAUUCACUCGUAAUUAAGAAAGUCAUUAAGCACUAAUUAUUGUAAAAGGACGUGAUCUUUCCACUGUAUCAAAAAUAAUUUCCCCUUUUUAUAUGGUGAUUAUAUGUUGUUCUUAUCAUAAUCAAACAGUCUCUUAUCA